AGUAUCCGCAAUUGACAUCAAAGUCGCAAAAUUACGUUUAAAAUGUGAUAUUGCAGAUGAAUUUCAUUAUGAGAUGUGUGACGGGAGUUGUGGUAGUUUUUAUUGGGAGCGUUUUUUAACUGAUACCUUUAAUCAGGCCACAAGGAUCUAUCGAACUCAACAUGAUUGA